CUUGUUUUGGGGCAGUGAGUAUCGUGGCAUGUGCUCUUCUCGUUAACCGGUGGUGUAUCCUGUUUAAGUGGCAUCACUUCCCAUCCCAAAACAUUAAUUUGGGGGCCGAAAUGAAGUGGCCGCGUGUGGGGCCUGGAAUCGCAUAAAAACACGGAAACACGGAAAACACUUUAACGCAAAUCCAGAUAAAAUUGAAUGCAAAAAUGCAGCAGCCAACGAGCCGUGAAGGAAAUAAAUGAAUCAUGUUGGCUUAAACAGUUUCCAUUUAGUUGGGCAAGAAAUAACAUUAAAGGAGACCAAAUCGAGUAAAGUCAGCAGCAGAAGCAUCAGAACCCCCUCCCAGAACCCGCACGAAUCCCUCGAUGAUAGCCAAGUUGGUCAGCAUGGAAACCGACUUCGACAUGGGACGGGACACUUCUGAGGAUUCACCACAGCUUCCCUACCCGUACAACAUUACGCAGGCUCUCUGGGAUCUGGCUGCCACGUCCACCCAGUGGCCUCUCCUGGACUUGGGAGCCGAAAAUUCCAGCGAACUGGCUGUGACAGAGACACCCUACGUGCCAUACGGUCGCCGUCCGGAAACCUACAUUGUUCCCAUCCUGUUCGCUCUGAUCUUCGUGGUCGGUGUCCUGGGCAAUGGCACCCUGAUUGUGGUCUUCCUGAGUGUGCGCCAGAUGCGGAAUGUUCCAAACACCUAUAUUUUAUCACUGGCACUGGCGGAUCUUCUGGUUAUUGUAACCACAGUGCCCCUGGCAUCUACCAUCUACACGGUGGAGUCCUGGCCCUGGGGCGGCUUCCUAUGCAGUUUGUCGGAAUUUAUGAAGGAUGUAUCCAUUGGUGUAUCGGUGUUUACGCUGACAGCUCUGUCGGGAGAUCGAUACUUUGCCAUUGUGGAUCCCCUAAGAAAGUUUCAUGCACAUGGGGGAGGACGUCGAGCUACUAGAAUGACUUUGGCCAUAGCCGUUUCCAUUUGGUUGUUGGCCAUACUCUGCGGUAUGCCAGCUCUUUUGGGCAGUUACAUUAAGCAACUUAUCAUCAACGAAAAGUCUAUUAUUUACUGCUAUCCUUAUCCAGAAGGUUGGGGUGAAAACUAUGCCAAAACCAUGGUACUUCUCCACUUCCUGGUUUAUUAUGCCAUUCCCCUGGUGAUUAUCGCAGUGUUCUACAUCCUCAUCGCCCUCCACUUGAUGUAUUCGGCCAGUGUUCCGGGCGAAAUCCAGGGAGCUGUACGCCAGGUUCGAGCCCGUCGAAAGGUGGCCGUUACAGUUCUGGCCUUUGUUGUAAUCUUUGGCAUUUGCUUUCUACCCUAUCACGUAUUUUUCCUAUGGUUUUACUUCUGGCCCACCGCCCAGGAAGAUUACAAUGCCUUUUGGCAUGUGCUGCGCAUCGUUGCCUACUGCAUGUCCUUCGCCAACAGCUGCGCCAAUCCUGUUGCCCUCUACUUUGUGAGCGGCGCCUUUCGCAAGCAUUUCAAUAGAUACCUGUUUUGCCGCGGAGCCAGUGGCCGCCGGAAGAAGCGCAGCCAGCACGACACCUUCUGUAUGCACCGGGACACCUCGCUGACCAGCACCGCUUCCAAGCGCUACCAGUCCCGCCAUUCCUGCUACCAGAGCACCAUCCGCAGCUGUCGCCUGCAGGAGACGACGAUAACUACUCUGCCAAAUGGCAGCAAUCUGAACGGAGCCCCCAUUUCCACCACAGAACUGGCGCUGCCCGUCAUGGUCCAGGCCACCGGUCACAAUGAGGCGCCGCCGAGCUACGAGUUCUCCUCUUUGAAGGAAUUUGGUCAGCAGUCCCGAGCGCACCCACCAAAAUUCCAGGAAUCCCUAUUGAAUUGAAGUCACAGAAGCAAAAGGUUUUAAACGGAGCUUACAGGAUGUCUAUAUACAGGCAGCGCAAAAUAUAUAGCACAGUUAUCUGGUUUCUUUGAUUUGUUAGAAAUGGUAGCUGAAAGUAGAUAAUAUACAAAAUAGCCAAAGUAUAAAUACGUCUUUCCUAAUUUAAUUUGUAAACUUUCUUUAAAAACUCUACUUUCAUUCGCAGCUACCUUUAUUGAAAACAUACAUUUAAAAGUCAGACAAAAGCCCAUCCAACAAACAGAAGCUAGGAUAUGUCCUUUGAAAAAACUUUGCCUAAAAGUUUAAGUAACUUGUCUAGAAUGUAAAUACCCAAAGAAAAAGCAUAAAAAGGAAAUAUGUAUUUCGAUGUGUUUUCUGUGUGUGUCAAGUAAUGUCCUAAAGGUUAAGCAUAAAUGUAAACUGUGUCUGUUCCAAACUAAAGUAUUGCAGCCGUGACACUGCUUUAAGCUAAAUACAUUUUA